AUGUACAUGGAAGUGCGUUUUCAUCGCCAUGCCUUCGUAUCUUCAAGAUCUUCAAGUCCUUGCUUUUCUCAAAACUCAAUUCAAGCAGAAGCUUUUGUCAAAGGAGUGGUUCAGUUUGGUUACCUAAUGCAUUGCAGUAGAGCAAGGAGAAGGAGCCUGAAGCAACUUGCUUUUCUGGGAAAUGGUAGUUGUAGUUCUAAUUACCAAUUGGCAGGGUCUAGAAAACAGAAUUUGGACUUCCAUCGAAAGAGAAGGUUGGGCCGGUUAUUGUCAUGUGGAUCUGCUGACGACACUGUAACUGUUAAUGGGAGCCCCACACCAAGCACCAGUGGUGAUGUGAAGGAAAUGACAAUGAAACUCAAUCAGUCACUACAAGGGGAAGAUCAAGGUGAUAGACUGGUUCAGUCUUUGCAUGAUGCAGCCAGGGUUUUUGAGUUGGCCAUUAAAGAGCGAGGCAUCGUGUCAAAUUCCUGGUUCUCAACAGCCUGGCUUGGUGGAGAUGGUAAUGCGUGGCUGAAAACGUUGACUUAUCAGGCUUCUGUAUAUUCCUUAUUGCAAGCAGCUUGUGAGAUAUCAUCUCGAUGCAGUGGUGGAGACAAGGAUGUAAACAUGUUUGUUCAGAGAAGCUUAUUAAGGGUAUCUGCUUCCUUGGAGAGCCUAAUCAGGGAAAAACUAUCUGCAAAGCAACUUAAAGCUAGCGAAUGGUUUUGGGCUGAACAAAUUCCAUUGGCUGUGACAUCCUUUGUUAAUUACUUUGAUGGAGCCCCACGUCUUACAGUUGCCACUGCUGUGUCUGGGAAAGGCAUGUACUUGGGCUCGGACAAUGGAACUGAUACUUCACUCCUUUUACUUGCAUUGACUUGUAUUGCUGCAAUCACAAAACUUGGCCCCACUAAAGUUGCUUGCCCCGAAUUAUUUCCAGUAGACAUUACUGGCAAAUUGAUGGACAUGCUGGUUGAUUUGAUUCCUAUACAUCAGGCUUAUCGGUCAAUCAAGGAUAUAGGUUUACGCAGAGAGUUUCUUGUCCAUUUUGGACCUCGGGCAGCAGCAUGCAGAGUGCAGGAUGAUCUUGGUUCUGAAGAAGUUGCUUUCUGGGUUAAUCUUGUGCAGAAGCAGCUCCAACGAGCUAUAGAUAGAGAGAAAAUAUGGUCAAGACUGACAACAUCUGAAAGUAUUGAGGUGCUGGACAAGGAUUUGGCUAUAUUUGGAUUUUUUGUUGCCUUGGGAAGAAGCACACAGUCCUUCUUAUCUACAAAUGGAUUUGACGUAGUUAAUGAGCCUAUUGAUGGUUUCAUGAGGUUUCUAAUCAGUGGCAGCGUAUUAUAUUAUCCUCAACUUUCAUCAAUAAGCUCUUAUCAGUUAUAUGUAGAGGUUGUUUGUGAGGAGUUGGACUGGCUUCAAUUUUAUCCAGGGCACAACACCACCUUAAAACAGUCACAUGGUCACGAAAAUAAAGAUAAUCCUCCAAAUGCUGAAGCCAUUCCUCAAGUACUUGAUGUCUGCUCUCAUUGGAUGCAAAGCUUUAUUAAAUAUAGUAAAUGGCUGAAGAACCCUUCUAAUGUUAAGGCGGCGAGGUUCCUGUCUAAGGGACACAAGAAACUAAUGGAAUGUGUGGAUGAACUGGGUAUAUCAAGGAAUGUUGCAGAGAACGCUAGCAACCUUUCUAUUGAGAGAGUUGGGUCUAGUAUAUAUUUACCAACUAAGCAGGAUACAGAUUCUUUUGAAAAGGCAUUGGAAGGAGUCGAAGAAGCUCUCAUAAAAUUGGAAAAUCUGCUUCAAGAGUUCCAUGUUUCAAGUUCUAGUCGUGGAAAAGAGCAGUUAAAAGCUGCUUGUUCUGAUCUUGAAAAGAUAAGGAAACUCAAGAAAGAGGCUGAAUUUCUGGAGGUAUCAUUCAGAGCAAAAGCAGAAUCCUUAGAUCAGGGAGAUGAGGAUAACGAUCUCCAGUCUUCUGGUCGUGAGCAGCAACAGUACUUGGAAGGGAGCCUAGAGCCCAGUGACAGUGAACUUCGUGGACUGCAAAGCUUCAUAGGUUUUCCGACCAAGAAGCCUGACUCUGAUUUAUCAAGCCUGGGGGUUGCAAAGUCAGAGUCAAUCAAAAUUCAACGUUUUGAACUGAUAAGGAAUGAGCUGGUGGAAUUAGAAAAGCGGGUGAAAGGAAGUACAGAUCAGUAUGAAAAUGAAGAGGAAGUUAAAAGCACAGGUGAUGGUACUCCAGAUUCUGUGUUCUUCCCAGCCAAGAAGAAGGGCGAUAUUAUUGCAAGCUCGGUCGAAAAACUGAAAGAAACUAGCAUGGAUGUCUUGCAAGGAACACAGCUCCUAGCUAUUGAUGUUGGCGCGGCAAUGGGACUGCUUAGAAGGUCCUUGAUUGGAGAUGAGCUGACAGAGAAAGAGAAACGUGCUCUUCAAAGAACUGUCACAGACUUGGCAUCCGUUGUCCCCAUUGGUGUUCUCAUGCUUCUUCCUGUUACUGCAGUUGGCCACGCAGCAAUUCUAGCUGCUAUUCAGCGAUAUGCACCCGGAUUGAUACCUUCUACAUAUGGACCAGAAAGGCUCUACCUCUUGAGGCAGCUCGAGAAAGUGAAGCAAACAGAAGCCAUUGAAGUCGACCCUCUAGAAAGCGACGAGUCCUCAUCCUGA